AUGACUGUCGAAUGUAUUUUUUGUUCUACACAGUGUAUGAAUUAUUCUUGUCCUGAUUGUGAUCGAAUGACUCGUUCGCAGAAGUUCGGACGUUUACUUCAAGUUCUGGAACGGUGUUCUGAAAGUAUCGUUUAUCACGAUGAGAUUGUUAAUGCUGUACAACGAAUUCGACGAAUGGAAUCGAUUAUGUCACCAUUGGAGUUUCGUCCUUAUGGAGUGUUUGAUGAUAGAAUCCACGGGGUGGAUUUGAUUGCAAAGGAAUAUCUUGAAAAAGCAUCGGCGGACGCACAGCAUCUUAUUCCAGUCGAUGUUGAUGCUGAUGGAAAUGGUUUAUAUCUUUCUGUAAUUCUUUUGAUGAAUGACUCAAGACUAACAGCAAGUGAAUUACGAGUACGCACGAUUAUUGAACUCGUAAUAAAUGAAGCGUUUUAUUCCAAUAUGUAUAUGCAUCGUGCCGGGCUUAUUGAUAUAGCUAUUAAAGCUAUAUGCAAAAAUCAUACAUAUUCGGGGUUGUACGAAAUUUGUGCUUUAUGUAGUGUACUCAAAUGCAAUAUACGAAGUGUCUAUCCGGAAAUUGAUUUUACAGCUGGCAUGGCUGUGAUGAACAGUAUAUUUACACCUAUUCCACCGAUCGUUGCUAAUUAUGAAGUUGCAAUUUUGUGGUCGAAUGUCUGGAAAGAAAUGCACGUGCGAGCGGCCAAUAACAAUCUAUGGAGUCCGAAUCAUUUUGUGCCUCUCUUAGCACCAAAUCAGCAAUAUGGUUUUGAUCAUAACAAUCAAUUAUUAUUAUCUAAUGUCAAAACUCCUGAAAAGAAAACAUUUAAGAACAAUGCAGUCGCUCAAAUACGCAUGCCUGAAUUUGAAUGUUCUUCCAAUAGACGUGUACGUAGCGAUAUCAAUAUUGAAAGUGCACGCACUAAACCAACCAGCCCAAAUGCAAUCGAGCAGGCUCAGGCGGACACAGAAGAAGAACAUGAAAACUGA